AUGAAGCACCUCGCAGCAUACCUCCUCCUCUCCCUCGGUGGCAACUCCACCCCCUCCGCCAAGGACGUCAAGACUGUUCUCGAAUCCGUCGGAAUCGAGGCUGAUGAUGAGCGUCUCUCCACUCUCAUCUCUGAGCUCAAGGGCAAGGAUCUCCAAGAGUUGAUCGCUGAGGGCUCAUCCAAGCUCGCAUCCGUUCCCUCAGGUGGUGCCGGAGGCGCUGCCCCAGCUGCUGGUGGUGCUGCCGCUGGUGGUGCCGUUGAGGAGAAGGAGGAAGAGAAGAAGGAAGAAGAGAAGGAAGAAUCCGACGAGGAUAUGGGAUUCGGUCUCUUCGACUAA